AUUACAGAAAACUGUCACUUUCAAGAUUCAAGAGUGCAUGUGCGGGAUUCGCGAUUCGUGAUUGCAUCACAGUAUUUUGUAGUUUUUCCAUCGUUUGGACCGUGCAAAAUUGUGUUUUCCACGGAAUUUAAUAAUUUCCCAUCGGUGGUUGAUUAUGUGACUUUGUGGCGCUGAUUGUGUUUCGAAAAAUUGUGUUGCCGGAAGUGAAACCAUUCUUUUUCAACCAUGAAGCUCUUCGCCAACUCGCUGGUGCUGCGGAAAAUCAAUCGAUACCUGCGGAAAAACGUCCGGGACCAGUCGCCGAACAUUCUGCGGCUGUGGGCGACCCAGUGCGAGUUCGUGUUCGCCCAGCAGUUGCGUCGCAGCCAGCAGAUCAUUACGCUGUACGCCAAGAUCUGGGAGGAACGAGCCCUGCGCGAGCUGCUCCGGCGCUUCCGGGGACAGGUCCAACGCCAGGCCAAGGGUUUCCUGCUGUCGUCCGCGGCGCUGCUCGCCUUCGACUGGGACCGCGAACGGAUCGAGUACGACGACGUGAAGGAAUACUUUGACGACUUCAACUUCCUCGAACGGCUGCAGCGCGAAACCAUCUACUGCGGCCAGUGCCAGAAGCGGCGCGAGAUUGACUGCCGGCUCGACGGCAUCUGCUACUGCCGCUGCCCGCGGAACGUGACCGAUGUGCUAACGCGCGAGCAGAACGACUUCACCGCGUGGGAACCGUACAUCGAGCAGCGCGACAUGAUCACCUGGCGCAAGGAGGUCAAGCCGGGGCUUUACGCGUACAAAGUUUACGUUGAGUAUCCGGACAUUACGGCGGAGGACUUCCUGCACGUGCAGACCGACGUCGAGUAUCGGAAAAAGUGGGACAACACCGCGGUCAGUUUGGAGGUCAUCGAUGAGGACACUGCCAAGGGGUCCAACAGUCACAUCAUCUACUGGGAAAUGCUGUGGCCGAAACUCUUUGCCAACCGCGACUACGUGUACAAUCGGCGGUUCUUCGUGGACCGCUCGAAGAAGGUCAUUGUCAUCGUCAACAAGAGCGUCCAGCAUCCGAAGGCACCUGCCCGGCCCGGCAAUCACCGGGUCAACGAGUUCUGGAGCUUCAUGGUCAUCAAGCCGACCACGAGCGCGUUCAACAAGCCGGGGGUGUCCUUCAUCUUGACGUACUUUGACAACCCGGGCCUGUCGAUCCCAAAGUACAUCACCAACUGGGUCGCCAAAAAGCAGAUGCCGGACUUUCUUGGCCAGCUGCACCAGGCCACACUCAACUACGCCAGUAUGAAGAAGCAGAACGAAACGAGAAUCGUUGCCUUCUGGGACAAACAUCGCGAUCCGGGCUUCGAGUACCCGCCGGACACCCUGUCGGGAUUCAACAGCGAGGAUUUUCUGCAGGCGCAGAGCGAGAACGAAGGUUCCUCAAGUCUACAAGAAGUCAAUCCAAAGUCCCUCUCUGUCGCACCUGCAUCCGAGAUUACAAAAGCCCACCACCUCCAAAAAGCCAACUCAGCUGUCGUCAAGAAGACUACCAACACUGAUAGCAGCAGUAAUCAGGAACCGUCCCAAACCAGCAUGACAACGGCGGUGGCGACCACGCAGGACGCAGUGUCAGAGUGCAACAACAACAGCAGCAACAAUUCGUCAACACCAGCGGCGCCGCCGCAGAAAUCUUCCUGGUGGAGUUAUCUGUACUCGUAUUUAUACUUCAUUUAAGACCUGCAGCUCAGCUGCUGCUGAUAUGAGAACGUGCGUAAUCGGGUUCUAGGUCAUGGUUUGAACUGAUCCUAAAAUGGCGUUGCAACCAUGAGUCAUGUGUACGUACUCGCUAAAAAAACGGUACCUUUCAUAGAUUAGCAAAGCUUUCGGCUUUGGUGAGCUGAUCCUGGAGCCCGAGAAGGUGCAAUGUGUCUACUAAGUCAAACAAACCCCAAUUGAGCAUACUUUUAGCCAGCCUAAGUACAACCCACAGUUAAAACUCAAGUUUACUCAUCUUUUAGCCAAGAGCAUACCAAAUAGAAUCGUGAUUAGAGCGGGAAUUAGUAAGAAAGUGUUAACAAGUUACGGCAUAAAAAAAAAACGAAGUAAGCAAAACAAGCAAUGCAACAAGUUUAAGUUCUGACCAGAACCAUACAUCGUGAUUCAAGAUUAUAUUUUAUACUUUUUGUAAAUACAGUGUUAUACAUUUAUUUUAGGCAUGUUAUUAUCACGAGAAAAAAAUAUUAUUAUCGGAUUGUUUCCUUUCUGUCAAUGCAUGCAGCAAUUAUUAGUUUUCUUUUCAAUGUUCUCUACAAACUAACGUGUUGAUUCGAACAAGUGCUAUUUAGAAUUAUACCAUCUUGUAGACUAGAAGUUAA